GUGACAACAGGACGUCAGGGGAGGAGAGUAUCUGACAGUAUAUAAGUCACCUCACAACAUCACAUUUCAUCAGACUUGAAGCUCCUGCUGGAAGUCAGAAGACCCUCACCCAACUCUGCUGAUCUACACAACUUCACCAGGUUGAACAAAUGGACUUAGAUCUCAUGAACGUUGCUGCCCUCGGAAGACCCUUCACCCUAGGGAUGCUCUAUGAUGCCCGGAAAGAUGAACUGGUCCCAGGUUUAAAAUUAUGGGACGAUAAAGUUCUACAAGCCAGCGUCACUGAGAGCUCUAAACACAGCAGUCAUUUUGAAGUCUCUGGAUCUGAUACCACCGAAUCCAAGUCCACUCUGAUGGAUAUUGAAGCUUCUCUGAAGCUCAGUUUCAUGAGUGGACUGAUAGAAGUUGGAGGAUCUGCCAAAUAUCUGAAUGAUGAGAAGAAAUUCAAGAAUCAGAGCAGAGUGACGUUUCAGUACAAAGCUACCACCAACUUCAAACAGUUGUCAAUGACUCAACUCAAAGCGAUGAGCCAACAACAAACAGAUCUCAUCAAGAAUGGCUGGGCGACUCAUGUAGUCACAGGCAUCGUGUAUGGGGCAAAUGCCUUCUUUGUGUUUGACAGUGAGAAGUUAGAAGCCAGCGAGGUUCAGGACAUCCAGGGCAGCAUGCACGCUGUGAUAAAGAAGAUUCCUGCUUUAGAUAUUGAGGGAAGUGUUAAACUCAAGCUGACUGAUGAAGAGAAAGCCCUGACUGAGAAAUUCUCCUGCAAAUUCUACGGAGACUUCAUUCUUGAAAGCAUCCCAGCAACAUUUAAAGAUGCAGUGCAGACCUAUGUAGAACUUCCACAGCUACUGGGAACAAAGGGAGAGAAUUCAGUCCCAGUGAAGGUCUGGCUGAUGACGCUGAAACUGUUUGAACCUGCAGCUACUGGGGUGAGGACAGAUAUCAGCAUUGAGUUAGUGAGGAAGGCACAGGAAGCUCUGGAGGAGUUAAGGGAAACACAAAUGAGAUGCAACGAUUCUCUGGAAGACAAAGUGGUAGAGAGUUUCCCCGUGCUUCACGAAGAGUUGAGCACUUUCCUCAAACUGUGUGGUUAUUAUAAAACCAACAUCCAGCAAGCCAUGGCAGAGAAACUUCCCUCCAUCCGAGAAGGAAAGGAAGAGGAGAGCUCACUGGAAAAAGUCUUUGAAGACGGGCACAAGUCACCAUUCAACCAUGAAAAACUAAACAAGUGGCUGAGUAACAAAGAGAGAGAAAUCAACGUCAUCAAGUCCUGUGUCGACACCAUGGAGGGAGUAAAGAUCGUCCUGAACCAGAACGAGCUGGACAGAGAGGUCUUUGCUUCAGGUGUAGAGGAUGUUCUGUGCUUUGUUUUCACCUCCAUGCUAAAGGGUGAUAUCUACCUUGAUGAGAUGGCUGACUUCUUGAAAUCAACCAAGUUAGGAAGUACCCAUGAAGAGGAGUGGUACUACUCCGAUGAAGUUCUGAAAUCAAUGAGAGAAAAAGCCACAUCUUUACAGGGUGCUUCCAAAGGGCUGAAGAACAACAGCAAAUUCCGUUUCCUCAUAACGGCCAAAACCAAUGACAACUACAAAGGAGCAAGCAUCUACCACUACAAGAAAGGCCAGCUGGUCAAUGAAGACUUUCAACGCCAAAAGCCUUCUUCUGUGGAGACCAUCACAGACAAGAGAGAUCUGAUCUGGUAUGCCUGUGAUCUCCAUCUGGACCCAAACACUGCCCACAACCGUCUCACUCUGUCUGACGGAAACAAAAAGGCAACAAAUGGAGCAUGGCAUGAUUAUCCUUCUCACCCAGAGAGGUAUAGAUCAGACCCACAGGUGUUGUGCAAAGAGGAGUUAUCUGGGUGCCAUUACUGGGAGGUAGAGUGGAGUACCACUGGCAAUGAGUGUGUGUUUGCUGCUGUUUCAUACAAGGGAGUUGACAGAAUAAACAGCAAGUUUUGGUUUGAUCCAGCAUGCUGGUGUUUCGGCAAUGAAGCCAAACUUAAGGCAUUCCAUGCCCGCAAGCUGGAGUGGCAUGUACCUUAUCCCAUUGGUGAGUUCAGUAGAUUCGGGUUGUAUCUGGACUGGCCUGCUGGCACGUUGUCCUUCUACGGAGUCUCCGGCCACACACUGACUCACCUGUACACCUUUCGCACCACAUUCACUGCGCCUCUUCUCCCAGGCCUCAGGGCUCAUUUUGAUUCCAACUAUGCCUACCUGUGUCCAGUUGAAUUGUAAAUUAACUGGAUUCAUACAGCGCCUUUCCAGUCUUUACGACCCAUCAAAGCGCUUUUACAUUGGCAGCCAUUCACACACAUUCAUAGAGGCAGAGGCUGUCACACACCUGCUCAGUAGCCUAACGUUCACACACAUCUACACACAGUCGGCCAUUCUUGGUCUGCCUAAAGUUUAAAAUGGAAACCUAUAACAUCCCAAUUUAACUUAAACUUGCUUCACAAAAUAAAAAAUGCAUUCAAAGAGGGACAGGGGAAUGUUUUAUUAUUGCUUUCAAUAAUUUAGCUUAUAUGAUGAAGUACUCUGGGGAGUGGUCUUCACUGUACUCUGGUUAGAGUUCCCAUUCAUUAACAUUGUGUGCAGUUAUUGUCUGGUGUGAAGCGGGUAAACCUGUUGAACACCUGAGAGGUCAACAUGUCCCAACUCCUCCCACUAAGGCAAUGAUGAAGAACUCUUAGCUUCUUGGUCGCUCUAAAGUUUGAUAUGGCAACCUAACAUCCCAUUCUAACUUUAACGUGCUCCACAGAAUCACACAUUCAUUCAAACCCAGAGGGACGAGAACAAAUGAGGAUAUAAAAAAGUGACUUGUUUUCAGUGAAUGUUGAUUUCAUCAUCUUCUCAAACUGUUUAAAGUCGAUGCUUUACGAACAGUUGAACAAUAUUUCUUCAUAGGAACUUUCUAUCGUAGUAACAUAUACUCAAGCAUUAUAUAUCCGGCAAUCGCUCUGUCAAAACUGAUGUUGAAAUACAAUAUAAACAUAAUGGGGAAACAUAGUUGCUUAUUCUGUUGAAUUUAUGCUCAUUAUUUUAGGACAUAAGGUUCUUCAAGAGCCAAUUGCUUUUGCUUUGUCUUUUUUUAAAGCGAGUUAUAUUUAGAGAACACAAGAGGAGUCUUUUCUCUCAUGAAACCGGUGUGGGUGGGUUUCUCUGUUGAGGUCAAGAUUAGACAUGCUUUAUCAACAUUAGAAUGAUGACAUAUGAAAUCAUAGUUUAAGUCAAAGACAAAGAAUAUCUGUUUUGUUAAAUGUAUCAUUUUGAUUAUGUUGGGAAUAUCCUAUCACUUAUUUCAGCAUUUGUUUAUUUCCUUCUUUGUGCAGAACUCACAGCUCAUGAAUAAAAAUGCAGAACUUG